CAACAGCGAGUGUGAAGGGGCUGAGUUCAGUUAGCCGACACCACACAGCAGUAAACAGUGAAGGACUGAGUCGCUCAACAAUAAUUAGCAAAACAAAUAUUAUUUACAAUCUCAUGUGUCGCGCAUAACCAAGUUUAGGAGUACACACAGCAUGCACUCUGGAUGGUCCAUUUGUCUGUCCUACAGCCAAGCACACUGUAUGUGACUAAGGUUUGAAGGCAGAUGCGGACUGAGUGAAAACCCUGUCAUCAAUCCCCCAGUACAUCCAUGUGUAUAAUUUUCUUCAAGUUUGACCCCCGGCCUGCAUCCAAAAAUGCCUACAGGCUAAUUUUGGCUGCAAACAGAGAUGAGGUCUACAACAGGCCGUCCAAAGCUGCAGACUUCUGGGGGACAAACAGUGAGAUCCUUAGCGGCCUGGACCUGGAGUAUGGUAAGGAAGGAGGAUCAUGGCUGGGGAUCAGCAAGAGGGGCAAGCUGGCUGCGCUCACCAACUACAUGGAAGGGCGUCCCAACCCUGAUGCACAAGGAAGAGGAUUUCUAGUGUCCAACUACCUUAUGGACAAGGAUCUGGACAGUUACUCUUACCUGAAGAAAGUGUCAUCAGAAGGCCACCUGUACAAUGGCUUCAAUCUCAUCACAGCGGAGUUCAAAGCUAAACAAGACAUUGUGUGUUACUAUGGAAACAGAGGCAGCCCUGAACCCAUCCAUCUAAAACCAGCAGGAAUCUAUGGCUUGAGUAAUUCACUGCUGGACACGCCGUGGAAGAAACUGCUGCAAGGCAAACGUCACUUUGCCAGCGUUGUCAACGACCAGUCCCUGUCCUGUGAUGGACUAGUGCAAGAGCUACUCAACGUCCUCAAUAAUGAGGAACUGAAUGCACCUGAUCCAGCUCAGGAGAGCCAGGGUGAUGGCUACAGUAAGUCCAUGAUCCAGGCUCUGUCAGCGGUGUGUGUUCGCUCACCUCAUUAUGGCACAAGGACCAAUACAAUAAUUUUGAUAGACGCAGAAGGGAACGUGACCUUCACAGAGCGCACUAUGCUCAACUGUGACACAAGCAAAUGGAGCACCAGUUCUUUCCAAUUCAAACUGCAAGGGUGAAGACAUGAGGAAGGGAACCCACUCUGUGCCUUUACCCAUCACCUUUCCUUCCAUCACCCUCAGUCCCCCACCUCCAGCUGUACUUCACCAAAGCAGCUAUGUGAACAUUAAGACUCAUCUGCACUUUUUCUUCAGCUAGUGGGCACUAGCUGCCUCAUUAACACAGUGAUAUGUAUUUCUUAUUCUUCAUUUAAAAUAAAAUGCAUCCUUUGAAGCAUAUGUACUGAUUUAAAAGAUUGCCAAAGAACAUUUAUAAUUUUGUAGAGGAAAAUAUGUCACAACAAAAGCAGGGUUGAGUUGCUUGAAAGUCAAAUCCAUUACAGAUUGCAGGUAAUCUGCUUUGAACUGCAAUCUAUACCGUGGUUCACAAGAUUAUUUUAAUGCAAUCUAAUUUAUUCUUGAUGGUGUCAGGUUUUUACCUUGAAAUCCAUGAUAUGGAGUCAAUAUAAACUUUAUGCACAAUUUCCAGACCACAAUUUGAAAUGGCAUCCUUCAGCUAUAGUUUAAAAAAAAAAAAACUCAUCCUGAAGUGAAAAUGUUGCACAUUAUAUUCAUAGGGUCACCAGUAUUUUUCUAGAGAAUGUUUAAUCUCAUUUAAGAUCUCAGUAAGUGUCAUAGAUUGGAGUCACAGGUAAUUUAUCAGGCCCCAACCCUGCACAACUGUAGUCUCAGUGUUGGUUGCAGCAACUAUUUCAGUAAUGCAAAAUAGAAAUGCAGAUAGUGUCAGGCACUGGAUCUCUGACUGCUUCCAUGGUAGAAGAAUACAUUUUACAGCUUCUUGACAAUAAAAACAGAUUAUCCAAACUCUCACAUUUGGCUUACCAUAUAAUGAUUGUUGACAAUACACAAACAUACUGUGAAGAACUCUUUUUUAUUUUUUAUUAAGCACACAUAUUCCUGCACCUGUCAGGUGGCUUCUACAUUUUACUCUAUUUUUAAAAAAUGUCUCUUCCUUUUACUGGAUGUAUUUUACUUCUACUUCCUGUGUUUCUUACCCACACAUGUUAAACAUAAAGGUGUUUGGAUGCUAAUCCAACAGGGAAAAUAGUCACACUUAGCCUGAAGAAAGCUAUUGGUGGUUGAUAAACUCAAACAACAGAAGGUUAAGUGCAAAUAGUUACUAGUCCUCUAUGCAUACUGGACUAAGCAUGUUUUGAAGUGGCAUUUAUUUCCACUAUCUGGUGUGUUAAAGGUUUUUUUUUUCUGGUCUAAUGUUGAUAUGAGAAUACAUUUAAGCAGUGGUCCCCUAGGUUAAGCUCACUCUUCAGGUACCUAUAAAAGCAAAAGAAUCCACAGUUGAUUUGACUUGUGAAUAAAGUUUUUCACAUCUG